GUGUGGCGUGAGGCGUGGGAGGAAGGUUGUGCUCUCGCGAGAAAUCUGUCUUUGGGCCCUUGGUUUCUGUCUGGUUUGUGUCUGUCCAUGGAAGGUCCCCUCGGAUUGCCCGGAGUUGCAUUUGGAGCUGGAGCAGUGAGCAGAAUGAGUACUUCACAGGACCAGAAUGGCUCCAGUGCUAGAGAACCCCUUGUGAGGUGUUGUGAUGCACGGAGGGACUUGGAGCUUGCGAUUGGUGGAGUUCUCCGGGCUGAACAGCAAAUUAAAGAUAACUUGCGAGAGGUCAAAGCCCAGAUUCACAGCUGCAUAAGCCGUCACCUGGAAUGCCUUCGAAGCCGUGAGGUGUGGCUGUACGAACAGGUAGAUCUCAUCUAUCAGCUUAAAGAGGAGACACUUCAGCAGCAGGCCCAACAGCUCUACUGGUUACUGGGCCAGUUCAAUUGUCUUAUUCAUCAACUGGAGUGCACCCAAAACAAAGAUCUAGCCAAUCAGGUCUCUGUGUGCUUGGAGAGACUGGGCAGCUUGACCCUCAAACCUGAAGAUUCGACUGUCCUGCUCUUCGAAGCAGACAUAGCAGCUCUGCGCCAGGCCAUUACCACGUUUGGGUCCCUGAAGACCAUCCAAAUUCCUGAGCACUUGAUAGCUCAUGCUAGUUCAUCAAAUGUUGGGCCCUUCCUGGAGAAAAGAGGCUCUGUAUCAUUGCCAGAGCAGCAGAAGUCAGCAUCCGGCACUCCAGCUGUCCCUCUCAGUGAAUGGCUUCUUGGAAGCAAACCUGCCAGUGGUCAUCAGGCUCCUUACAUACCCAGCACCAACCUCCAGGACUGGCUCACCCAAAAGCAGACCUUGGAAAAUAGUCAGACUUCUGCCAGAACCUUCAGUUUCUUCAGUAAUGUCUGGGGCAACCUAAAGGACUUGGAAAAGUGGCUCCACAAGAGUCAGCAACAAGAAGUUCCCGAAAAACCAAGUUACCAAAGGUGUACCAGCUGUUCUACCACCGGCUCCUUCUCUGAUAUUGAGAAGGUUGCUGAUCUAGAGCUUCUUGAUCAAGAUGAAGUGGACCUUUCUGAUUGGCUGGUGACACCCCAGGAAUCCCGUAAGCUGGAGAAGCCUGAGAAUGGCAGCAGUGAAACCAGUGAGAAGUUUAAGUUCUUGUUCCAGGUGUUCCAGGAGUCCUACAGUGUGAAUGAUUGGCUUGUCAAACCUGAUUCGUGUACCAAUUGUCGGGGCAACCAGCCCAAAGGCGUGGAGAUUGAAAACCUGGGCAAUCUGAAGUGCCUGAAUGACCACAUGGAGGCCAAGAAACCCUUGUCCACUCCCAGCGUGAUCACUGAGGAUUGGCUUGUCCAGGACCAUCAGGACCCGUAUAAAGUAGAAGAUGUCUGCAAAGCCAAUGAGCCCUGUAUGAGCUUUGCAGAGUGUGUGUGUGAUGAAAACUGUGAGAAGGAAGCGCUCUGUAAGUGGCUGCUGGAGAAAGAAGGAAAGGAUAAAAAUGGGGUGCCUGUGGAACCAAAACCUGAAGUUGAGAAGCGUAUCGAUCCUCUGAACAUGUGGCUCUGUCCUUCCAGAAAAGAGACAGCAGAACAAGCUAAGGCACCAAAGGCAAUGGCUCCUUCUAGAAUUGCUGAUUCCGUCCAAGUCAUAAGGAACAGUCCCCUGUCUGAGUGGCUCAUCACACCCUCAUGCAAAGAAGGACACCCCAAGGAAGUGCCUGGUAUCGAGGACAGUGCUGGCAAGCAAAACGCCACAAGCCCCGCAGCCACUUCCUGGUGCCCCUUUAACACAGCAGACUGGGUCUUGCCAGGAAAGAAGACAGGAAACCUCGGCCAGUUAUCCUCAGGAGAAGACAAGUGGCUACUUCGAAAGAAGGCCAAGGAAGUAUUACUUAAUUCACCCAUCCAGGAGGAGCGUAACUUCCCCCCAGACUGCUAUGGUCUUCCAGCAGUUUGUGAUCUCUUUGCCUGUAUGCAGCUUCAAGUUGAUAAAGAAAAGUGGUUGUAUCGAACUCCUCUACAGAUGUGAAGGAAUGGAGUACUCGCAUCAGGCAACUUUUCUGCAAAUUAUCACACUUCCAUGAGUCGAGUGACUACAGCUUGCCAAAUCAUUGUUUCUGGGUCUGAGCAGUCAGCUUAGUUUCUGCCUAAUUUUGAACUAGUGAAGUCAUCAAAUUAUGAGUUACUGCGUAAAAGAAAAAACUCAAUGCUGAGGUGAUCCAGUUCCUUCUUACAGAAGUAUGAAUUCACCCCUACACUAGAAACAGCAUCUUGGUGGAUAGAUAGGUCUCAUAAGCCUCCAUGGCUCCUUAGACUGGUUGUUACUAGUACAUUAAAACACUGUAGUUUUCAAAAUUAAAUAGUUCUAUAAUCAAGGUGUGUUGGCGUAUUCUAAAGCAGUAAACUUCCCUAACCUUUUGAUUACCCUUUAGAUGCUUCCUUUGCUGUGGGUUUUCUACCUUUAGUGGUGAAAAUGAUGAUUCUUCUGUUUAAUAUAUAUUUCACACAAAUAAUUAACCUUCAGAAUAUAGUGAUUUUUUUCUUACCAAAUGUGUAUCAACAAUUUUGAAUUUUUGACAUUACCGAACAUUUUAGCCUACAUGUCAGAGUCUACAUUUUUUUUUUGAAAGAAAUUUAGCUACUUGCAAAUUUGUUUUUCUUUCCUUCUCUGAAUGUUAUUAAAGUGUCUAGUGAGCUCUUUUAGAAGGGUUCCGUGUUGCUUUAAGAUGGUAUUCUGGGUGGUCCUAGCCUCUUUCAAUAUAUUCUGAAGAACUGCAGGCAGAAGAGCCUCAGUGCCAACUAAUCAAAACAAGCAAAAGGCGACAUGUUGGAAAUGCAGUACUUGAACUUCACUAUCCUACCUAAGCGUUAUUGGUGCAUCCUGUGUAAGUGGAAGCUGAGCUUGACACCUGGUGCUUUUAAUGAGGGAUAAAUUCAGUGUCCUCUCACUGCAAGCACAGCAUACCUAUACCUCUAAAAGUAUAAUGCAGUGACAUUUUAGUGAACAGGCUGCUUUGAACACUUGUGCCUUGGGGUGUUUAUUGAAGCUUUAUGAAAACUAUUGAUGUUUUCUUAAUAUCCUUAAAGUCAUAUUCAUAUUUUAAAGUUUCUCUGUAGGAGAGAAAUGGGAUUUAUAAUGUUUAAAAAUUCUCUAAGAUACCAUAGCUGCUUUCCAGGCCUUUAAACUAUUAAGCCACCCAACUUGCCUAUGUGGUACUGGAAACUUUUCAGUUGGUGAUGUGGUCAACUAGAAAGCCCUUUUGGGGAACCUUCACGGUCUGGCAGUGUCGUUUGACAUACAACUUUAUUAGAAUUCUUGAACCACAGCUGAAAAAAGCCUAUUAAUUUUCAGUCUCCCCAGACACCAUUUAGAACUUUAAUAAAGGUGGUGGGUAAAAACUUAAGGAGCCUUUCCAUUAUCUUAGGUUGCAAGAAACUUUGUAGUUUUUGGAGUUUAACACAGUGUAUUCCUAAAUUUACAUUAAUCACUAUGCUAAUGAGUAUGUAAAAGUCUUUUGCAUUGAUGCAUUUUGUACCUUCCUCCAUUAAAAGCAUAACAGCCAUA